GCCGCGGGGAGCCGCCGCCGGCGGCCCCGGAGGAGCUGCAGCGGGAGGUGGAGGAGCUGCGCUCGGAGAACGAGUACCUCAAGGAUGAGCUGGAUGAACUUCGGGCUGAAAUGGAAGAAAUGCGUGACAGCUAUUUAGAGGAAGAUGUUUACCAGCUGCAGGAGCUCCGGCGAGAGCUGGACCGGGCAAACAAGAAUUGCCGCAUUCUGCAAUAUCGUCUCAGGAAAGCAGAACAGAAAAGCUUGAAAGUUGCACAAACAGGCCAUGUGGAUGGAGAGCUCAUUAGGAGCCUGGAACAAGAUUUAAAGGUAGCCAAAGAUGUUUCUGUCAGACUGCACCAUGAGCUGGAGAGUGUGGAGGAGAAGCGAGUUAAAGCAGAAGAUGAAAAUGAAGUCCUUCGGCAGCAAAUCAUUGAGGUGGAAGUAUCCAAGCAGACACUGCAAAAUGAGCUGGACAAGUUAAAAGAGGUAAGCAGAAAAGCCAUGCAGAGCACCACUGCUGGGUUAGAAUGGAAAUUUGGCACACAGGUGUUUUAGACUAAUUCUUGUAUUAAAUGCUUGCUGAUCUUGCUUGUACAAUUGCCCCAAAGGUCUCCUUUGUUAUGUGUCCCAGAUACAUCAUCGGUAAUUUAGAAUCAAUAGAGAUGUAGAUGAGUGAUGCUCCACUUUUUGUCUGGGGCUUCUGUCCCAUUUUAAACUGCUUAAAAACUCUCUUCCUGCUGGAGCAAAACUCUUUCUGAUUUGACUCCAGCUAGCUCUGGCUGUUCUUUACACAGACUGGGACUUCCACCUACUUUAAAGUCAAAUGAGGUGUGCAUGACUUGUCUCUGAGAGCAGGGUUCAGAUAGGCAAGCCGCUGUUUUGGCUGGUGCUGCUCAGUGGUGGCAGUGGAGCCAUCAGCAUGAGCUGGGCAGCCAGAAUGUGGUCUGUAAUGUAUAAAUAACAUUACUCUUCAGGCACAGAAUCACUGUCUCUUGAGAAAAGGGAUCAUUUCAACUGGUGCUGACACACAGUCAUACUGGUUGAAGUGAUGAUCCUUGGAAGCAAGUGAGCUGAGGAGUAGGGGAGCAUAAAGGAAAGCCAAAUACUAAGCACAGCUCUUUGCUGGAGCCUACAUCCCAAUCUGUAGCGGUAUUUCUGUUCUUUUAACAGUACAGCAGAUUGGCAGCUCACAGCCCCUGCUCUGUUUUAAACCAGAUUGAGAUAGAGCAUUUAAACGUAAUGAGGUAAGGCAUUUAUCCUCUGAGCCCUGGUCAGAUUUAGAGAGCUGGUGCAAUUAUGUGUUAUUUUAAUCUUUCCAACAUUACUUGUGAGUCAACUGGCACAAAGCCUGGCUCAGUUUUAUAAGGACAGUCCCUAUUUAAUUUCUCUGUGCGUUAGAAUGAUGAGUAGUCCAGUGCAGGAGUUUUGGAGUGUUUGUGCCUCACAGAACAGAUCAUAAGCUGGUGUACAUAUCAGUGGUGCUUAGAUUACCUGUGAACCUGACACAAAAGAUAAAGUGUGCAUGAUGUUUUUAGCUACUCUUCUCCUUUCUCAAUGUUGUGAAUGCUGUGUUAAGUGGACAUGAUACCAUGUUACAGGGUCUGCAGUCUCUGCUCUGUACAAAAAUGCCAUCUCAUCCACACUACCGAAUUAAUGCUUGCUGUUGUUUAACAUGCAGGUCCACCAGGUACUGCUUGAUGGUCUUGGGGUUCAAGCAGAAACUAAACUGUGGGGGAGAGGUGAGGGAAAAUGUGGUCUAGCAGUGCUGAAGACACAAGCUAGCUCCAACCAGGCUGCAUUUAUUACCUUGCUGCUUAGGUUGCUGCAGCCUAGCUGUGCUUGGAAGCACUGCUAAGUCAGCUGUCUCUCUGCUGGACUGCAAGAUGAAGUGAAUGCACCCUUACUUUGUAAACAUUCCUUGCCCCGUAAGAGACAAAAGCUGGAGGGGAGCUAGGGAAAGGGAGAGAUAGCAGGUAGGAUGAUGGGAUGUAUUCAUGCUGAUCUGGAGAUAAAGCAGGGCGUGAGAGGGAUCAUGAGAUGCAGCAGUAGUAGUAGUAGUAGUAGUAGAGAUUGUCUGGUUUCACAUGCCAUGAAUUGUGGUUUCUCUGGCAGUCACAAUUUCACAAGGUCACAGGAGGUGAGAAGAUGAGGUUGGAGUCUUUGGCAGGUCACACAAGGAGAGAUGAACCAAAGGCUAGAGAAACACAGCUAUGCAUGUGUCAGAUAAGUGUAUGGUUGCAAUGUUGUUGACAUUGCUAAAAAAAAAUUAUUCUUCACUCAAGAUGUGUUCAAAUAACUACCAGAAGCAGUGCCUCCUUAGGAACAUUUAAUGAGUGCAAGGAAUGUAGUAUAGAUGUGCCAGUGGGAAAGCUGGUGCUUUAUAUAUAGGGACAAAAGUGACCCCAAAGCCAUGUAGCUUCUUCCCAGUCCACCCUGACUCUGCAUCUUGUCUAUCUAGGGGCUGAGAGUUAGAAGGAGCCUUUUCCUAUCCAGUCCUGGAGCGUUGCCUGAGAUCCAGUUAGACAGUAUUCACUCUCUGAUAUAGCUUACUGCAACCAUAUGCUCAUUCUCUGUAUUAUCCUUGACUAUUCUCUGUCACUGGAUCAACAGAAAGGUUUCCUCAUAUCUGUGUUCCUAUUUAUCGCUUAAUUCAGUGCUAGCUUCUGCUUUGGUGCGCCGUACAAUUCCCUUGGGUCCCGUUUCCCACUGCAGUAGAUGGCAUAUAUGUUGAUUAUCUUUAAUGUAUUUUGCAUGCUGAAAUACCUUUAGGAACUGUACAUAUCUCUGAAAACACUCUUUCUUUAAAGCCACCUUUUAUCAUAAUCUUUCAAAGAAUUUCUAACAUUUAUCAUGUUUAGUGCUGUUAUAUAUUUUUUACACCAAUACCUGUUUUGAUCUCCUAUGAUAUUUUCAACAGGACUUCUUGGGUAUAUAGGCUUGUUCUAUCUAAAUAAAAUUUUUAUUUAAUUAAGAAACAAGCCUUACAGUUUUAACUGGGAAAUUAUAUUUUGUCUCCUACUGAGCAUGUAAUUUCAACUUGUUGUAUUAAGCGCAUAUGAGAGAGAUUUUCCUUUCUUGUCACUAAAUAAUAUUUCUGUGUGUCUUACUGUGAAAAU